AUGAGCCCUUCGUGGACACACUUGGUGCGCUUCGUCGCUGAAGAAGACAAUGAGAUACACCUAGGCCAGAUCGACGCCAGCCAGUAUCCUGAUGUGGGACUAGCGACACUGGAAGGCCAGAAGGUCAAAGCCAACGUCGUAGUUGGAGAUGUAUUUGAUGGGCGUGUCACAGAAGAUGUCUUGCACAUUGAACACCUUCUAUCACCCGUCACCGCCGACCAAGUCCCAAUCAUCCGAUGCAUGGGACUCAACUACCGCGACCACGCCAAGGAAGCCAAUAUGCCCAUCCCCGAGGUCCCCGUCCUCUUCAUCAAGCCGAGGACAGCUUUGACUGGCCCGCACCCAUCCACGAUCAACAUCCCCAAGAUUUCUCAGGACGGGUCGAGCGACUACGAGGCCGAGCUUUCUCUGGUUCUCUCAAAGUCUGGCCGUGAUAUCCCAGAGGAAGAGGCUAUGGAAUACGUGCUUGGGUAUACUUGUAGCAACGACGUCAGCGCCCGGAAGCAGCAGUUCAAGAACAGCCAGUGGUCUUUUUCGAAAGGUCUGGAUGGAUCUUGUCCCAUAGGGCCUGUCCUGGUUGCAAAAUCCGCCAUUAAAGACCCCCAUUCUCUACAGAUUCAAGCCAUCUACAACGAUCAGGUCGUCCAAGACUCCAACACGAAGGAGAUGAUCUUUACCAUCCCACAGAUGAUUUCGUUUCUGUCACAGGGUACAACUUUGGAGAAGGGCACAAUCAUCAUGACGGGCACUGGUCCUGGUAUUGGCGUGAUGAGAGACCCGCCCAUCACACUCCAUGACGGAGAUGACAUGAGGAUUGAGAUUUCUGAGAUUGGCACUCUUGUCAACCGUGUUCGGUAUGAGUGA